AAAUUAUGCUCAACAGAAACGGCUACAUGAGAAACACAGACAAAUCCUCCCGCACACUAUUUCAGAAGAGCGUGAAAAUGGAUAACGUCUUUGAACCAGCUCAUACAGACUUUUACCCAUUCAAUGAGAUGACAUUGUAGACUGGAGGAACUGUAGCAGCCAGAGGAUCUUCCCAUCAGAAUUACAACAAAGGCCCAAUCAUUCAUUCUUUUGACUGCUCUGGUGUUUCUCCUGACACACAAACUAUUCAUUUAUUUAAGCUCCAGUCAUCCCUUCUUAACUGACCUUUCCUGUUCACCUGCUCACUUGUUCCCCUUCAUUAGCCUUGUUGUGUAUGUUCCAGCACAUUUCCACUCAUUCUCUGCAGGAUUGUCCAAAUGCCUUUACUUUCUGGACUUGAUGGUUACCCUUCAUGAUGGACUCCUGCCUCUCUGCUUGACCCCUCUAGAGAUACGUUUCUUUGUUUUGGCUACCAAUUAACUUUUCUCUUACCUGAUCACCUUCUAAGCCCUCCUACUGUGAUGUACACCCUGGCAACUAGUGGAAUAGAUAUCUCCCCAAUGAAAAGCUUUGACCAAAUAGUGGAUUACAGAGCAGAGAAACAUGAACAUCUGCGAGGACGUAACAACGUGACUUCAUGUCGUAGCCCUACAAGAGAGCUCGACACAAAACGCAUAAAGACUGAACUGAAGGAAAAGAGGCAUCUGGAAUUUCUGAGGAGGAGAUCAGUGAGUCCUGAGUUGUCCAAAAACCAUUCCUCAAAGAGAAAAGUUUCACCAAAGACCUUUUCAAUGAAACAUCCCAGUUCAAUCAGCAAGUCAGAGACAUUGCAUACAAAUACACAAAAUACCUCUAAUGGGCGUCCAUUGAUGAUUUUAACACCAAACAGCAGCAUAACUGAUGGUCCAAGCACCAGCAAAUGGGCAUCUUUGUGGUCUGAAGCUGGAACCUUGACAAGGCAAGAGAAAGACCAUGAAGGGAAGCAAACAUCCAGCUCCACACCAGUACUCAAGGAAUCCAACCUGCACAGGAAAAAAAGCAAGGAUAAAAGAGAGAACUAUGUUCAAAAGACCAGCAUCAAAACAUCCACCCAAAAAGGAAUCCAUCCAUCCAUCCAGAGUGAAAAUAUUCUCCAGAAAAAGAGAGUACUAGAAAACAGUGUGCAGACAGACUCCGGUCUUGUCACUGUCAGAGAGUCAGAUAUCCAAUUGCUGGCUGACCUAUUGAAGGAGGCCCUGUGGAGAGAGGAGGUCGUGAAGAAGAAGUUGGCAGCCCUCCAGGGGAGCACGACCAACCUCCUGAAAUCCUCCACUGAAAUUUGGACGGCUCGCUGCAGUGAAGAUCUGCUGAGAAAUAAGAUCGAGGCUCUGGAGGCACAGCUGCAAGUCUGCUUGCAGAAGUUUCCAAAUGAUGGAGUGAAGAAAGUGGUGAUACAGAUGGAGAAGCAGAAACGGGUGUAUGAGGAGAAGGCACUGGAGGCCUUGCAGAAGGCCACACUGGAGAAAACGGAUGCUCUCAUUAAGACUGAGACACUGCAGGAAGAACUCAGUAUAGCAAAGGCAGAGGCAAUGAGAUGGCAAAGCCUUUAUGAAGAUCUGAAGCUGAGCUCUGGACAGCUUAGGGAGAACCAACAUCUCAGCAAUGACCAGCUGCAACAGCUGCACAGCCAACUGGAGCUGUUCAGAGCCAGAGAGGCUGAGCUGAUGGAGGAAGUGGUUUCAUUAAGACAAGAGAUGAAGGAGCAGCAGUACAACAUCUCUCUACUGGAGGAUGACAACCAGAUGUUAAGAGAGGAAAUCCAGCACAUUAGAGAUGCCAGCGAUGAGGCCCAGGACUUCAUGAUUCGGGGUCGACUGACGUCACAAGAAGCAGAGCCCGAAGUGACAGUAAGGAGUGACUCUCAGGUGGAGGAGCAGCUCCGUCACACUCAGGAGAAACUGCGUCUCAGAGAGAAAGAGUGCGAGGAGCUGCAGACAGAGCUGUGUGCCAUGGAGCAGGAGUGUCAGUCCAGCCAGGCCCGGCUGUCGCAGUGCAGAGACGAGCUUCGACAACUCAGCCACCGCCACAAGAGCCCGAGGCUGUGUGGCUCCUGGUGGAAGGUGUGGGUUUUCCUCCUCCUAUUACUUGCUGUGACUCAGGUUGCCAUGUUGUGGCUGUGGUAUCCUUCUUUCAGGGAGCAAGUUGAAAACCUGUACGCGGACAUAGAGACACGCAUUGAAGACUAUCUCAUAGAAAUGUCCUCACCUCAACACCCGAGCUGUUUCAGACCAGUAUGAUCAAUCUUAACUAUUAGUUUUGUUCCUUUUUAUUUUUUUAAAGAAACACUCAUGUAAAAUCUAGCUUCUUGAUUGUUUUGUUUUUGACUUGUAACUUAAUGUGUGUGUGACUUUAACAUGUUUAAAAUGUUUGCACAAGGUUCAAAUGCAAGUGAAGACUUUCAAGGUUUCUAGUGUGUUUAACAAUGAGAACAUCAUAAAGCACACAAACUGGCUGUCGUAUUAUUGGUCUAUAACAAACUGAGUCAAUAACAUCAACAAAAUAUUUAGGAGGGCGUAUAGACAAAAGGUAUCAGUUGUACUGUAAAACACAAGUACCAGCUUGAAAAAAGAAAAGAAGCACAAAAAACACAGUAAGCCUCUAAAGUGUUGUGGUGAUGGAACUUUAGCACCAAAGAGAAGUUAAUAUUUUAACAAAUAAAUAUUUUUACUACAAAAAACUGA